AUGGAAGAUCACCAAGUCCAAUAUCACCAGAAAGUAGAGAAUUACAUAUUGCAGGCAUUGAAGAUGAUGCCACAAAUUCACUUUCAUGGUUCGAUCGUAUUUAUGAAACCGCUUUAGCACAAGUGGAAGCUGCGAUAUCCGCAAGAGGUACUCCAACAAAUGAACAUGGUUCACUUUCAAGAAGAAAUUCUUCAUAUAAUUCUGCCAAAGGUACUCCAACAAAUGAAAAUGUAUCACUUUCAAGAAGAAAUUCUUACCACAGUAAUAGUAAUGGAUCACUCUCAAGAAGAAAUUCUUCACAUAGUAAUAGUAAUGGAUCUUCUUCGAGAAGAAAUUCUUACCUUGUUGAAGAUAAUAAAGUUAUUCACUCAUCACCAAUAGAAGCACCUACCACACCAAACGUACCAGCACGUUUGAAUACAAGUUUCUCUCGACCUCCAUUACCAUUAGAUUGGUUAAACACUCAAAAGGGAACAGAAGUUGAGACU